GGCGGGGGCCCCGGGAGGAGCUCCGCUGACACGUCAGGGAAGAAGCAUUUAACCCGGCAGCGGGCUCCAGGAAAAAGGAAGAGAAAGUGCAAAGUGGCGGAGGCUCGCUCAGCCCGGCGCUGGGCUCUGGGGUCCCUCCUGCACCAGAAUCCAUCUCAGCUGGAGCUUGCCAGAUCUUGAUUUCACUUGUGACCCAGCCCUGGAUUUGGACCUAGCUUUCCAGAGGUGAAAGGUUGCAUGAUGGAAUUUAAAUUUUCCCAAGAAAAGCUUCACAUUUUGGAUCAGUAUCGCUGAGAUUGUCUUCUGUUUGUUAUACAUUGAGUGGAGUCUCUUGACACAAACUUGGCCAAAGAGUACAUAAAAAUGGAUCUCAAAGAAAGCUGCCCAAGUGUUAGCAUUCCCAGCUCUGAUGAACAUAGAGAGAAGAAAAAGAGGUUUACUGUUUACAAAGUAUUGGUCUCUGUUGGUAGAAAUGAGUGGUUUGUCUUCAGACGAUAUGCUGAAUUUGAUAAACUGUACAACACACUGAAGAAACAAUUUCCCACUAUGAACCUGAAGAUUCCAGCUAAAAGAAUAUUUGGAGACAAUUUUGAUCCAGAUUUUAUUAAACAGAGACGAGCAGGACUGAAUGAAUUCAUUCAAAAUUUAGUUAGACAGCCAGAGCUAUGCAACCACCCGGAUGUCAGAGCAUUUCUUCAGAUGGACAAUCCAAAGCAUCAGUCAGAUCCAUCUGAAGAUGAGGAUGAAAGGAGCAAUCAAAAGCUAAACUCUACCUCACAGAAUAUCAACCUGGGACCAUCUGGAAAUCCUCACGCUAAGCCAACAGACUUUGACUUCUUGAAAGUCAUUGGGAAAGGCAGCUUUGGCAAGGUUCUUCUUGCAAAACGAAAACUGGAUGGGAAAUUUUAUGCUGUCAAAGUACUGCAGAAAAAGGUUGUUCUCAACAGGAAAGAGCAAAAACAUAUUAUGGCUGAACGUAAUGUACUGUUGAAAAAUGUGAAACAUCCAUUUUUGGUUGGAUUACAUUACUCAUUCCAAACAACAGAAAAGCUUUACUUUGUUCUGGAUUUUGUUAAUGGAGGGGAGCUGUUCUUUCAUUUACAAAGAGAACGCUCCUUUCCUGAACACAGAGCCAGAUUUUAUGCUGCUGAAAUAGCCAGUGCAUUGGGCUACUUGCACUCCAUAAAUAUUGUAUACAGGGAUUUGAAACCAGAAAACAUUCUCUUAGACUCACUGGGACAUGUUGUCUUAACAGAUUUUGGACUCUGUAAAGAAGGGAUUGCUAUCUCGGACACCACCGCAACCUUUUGUGGGACACCAGAAUACCUUGCCCCAGAAGUGAUCAGAAAACAGCCCUAUGACAACACAGUAGACUGGUGGUGCCUUGGUGCGGUUCUAUAUGAAAUGCUUUAUGGGUUGCCUCCGUUUUACUGCCGUGAUGUUGCUGAGAUGUAUGAAAAUAUUCUUCACAAACCUCUAUAUGUGCGCCCAGGAGUCAGUCUUACAGCCUGGUCUAUUCUGGAAGAACUCUUGGAGAAAGACCGGCAAAAGAGACUUGGAGCAAGAGAAGACUUUCUUGAAAUUCAAAGGCAUCCUUUCUUUGAAUCUCUCAGCUGGGCUGACCUUCUCCAAAAGAAGAUUCCACCACCAUUUAAUCCUAAUGUGGUUGGCCCAGAUGAUAUAAGGAAUUUUGAUGCAGCUUUUACGGAAGAAAUGGUUCCUUAUUCAGUUUGCAUUUCCUCUGGUUAUAACAUUGUAAAUGCCAGUGUGCUGGAGGCAGAUGAUGCAUUUGUUGGAUUUUCUUAUGCACCACCGUCUGAAGACUUGUUUCCCUAGGAGGUUAGGAGCCAACAAAUGCUGCACAAGUACAAGUCUGAAGAUGGACUGAAACAUGAGUGUGAACAUAGUCCAGAAUAUGUGUAACUAGUGCCUCAUUUUAUAUGUAGGGUUGAAACCAAUGAACAAACAUUUUCUUCUGUAUAUGAGAAAAUUGGGCAUUUCAGAUGGCUUUCUUUGGGAUUUAAACUGUUAUACCUGCUGCAUAAAAAUAUUUUUUAAAAUGAAGAUCUCUAAAAGCUAUUCCUUUACAAUAUCUGUUUUUAAGCAAACACACUGACUGGUUUUUUCUCCAGGUUUACAUUAAUACCUAUCCAGGAUUUGGUUAUCUUUCAGCAGCAGCAAACUUAGCACAUUUAUAAAUGCCUUUGUAACUAUUUACAGUGACUUUGUGCUUGAAUUGUAACUAUGCAAUUGUCUUUUGUAUAUCAUUGUUUAAAAAAAGAUAAAUGUUUCCCCUGUUAUAUCACCUUUUGAAAUAUAAGUUCAUUACUUUACAGCACUUACUCUAAAAUUUAAUUCCUCAUUGAAGAAUAAGUACAUACUUUAAGGAUCUGCAAACUGAAAAGUUGCUCAUUUAGGAUCAAAUUGCCAUCCUUACUCCUCUUCGUAAAUACCUUCUGAAGUAUUCCUUUCAAUUUCCACUGGAUUAUUUGAGAAAUAAAGCACUACUCAAAGCGAGUAAGGGUAGCACAAACUAGCCCAAAAUAUUUGAUAACACUACUAAAUACAUUGUCUAUAAUGUUCUUUUCUGAUGAAGAAAUAUCUGAAUCUCAACUGCACUAAAAUUAUUUUUGCAUUAAAAUUCCAUUUUUCCAAAGAGUUGGAGGACAAUAAUCAUUGCUACUUUUAAAGGCAGUCUUGCUAUGACCCUAUAGAGAGGAGAUGGUGCCAAAAGUUAGGAUUAUUUCGUGUGUAUCUGGAAUACUAAUAUAUUCUAAAUGAACUGUAUCAGAAUUCAUAGUUUCUUGUCUUUCUAUAUUCUAAUGUAUCAGCUCUUAAAUCUUCACUUGAUAGUUAUUUUUCCUAACUAUUAAACUAUCUUUUGAUUACUUUUAAGAAUGUGAAGAGAGAUUGUACACAGUGUGUGCCUCUUGUGAUAUGCACAUAUAACCAAAAUGCUAACAUUAAUCAACUUGUUUGGUUUUUUUUUUUAAACACAAUACAUCCUGAAAGUUGGCUCCAGUUUUAAUGUGACUUACUUAUAGCAGUAAUAAUAUUUGAUUCACUUUGCUUGUAAAUAACAGGUUUGUCUGUCACUUGGUAAGUGUGGGUGCACACUUUUCACAAUGCAUUUCAGUGCCUUUAACUGGAUCACCAUGAGAACUUAACUCCUUGAAAGAAAUU